CUUUUUAUGGCAUAUUUUUUCCAUCUCUUUUGCUUUGAGCAUGCGAUGACGCGUGGCCAUUAGUACGCGAGGUGUCCUCAAUCCUCCAGUUAACAUCCAUGUUUUACAGUAGUACAAAGAUUGGAAUAGAGUACCCACCUGAAUAGGAAGGCCAAUUGCAGCAGAUUAAAGUUUACGUUGACCUGCACUAACAAGUUAAGAUACUAAGGUUACUCCCUACUAGUCUUGUUUGUACUACGGACACGAAAGAUGUUCUCCAAUCAAAAUUGGGCUUCGAUACUGCCAGCAUUUCAACCCAUCGGAUGGUUUCAUACUACGAGAAGCAAAACAUGUUGUCUCCACUUAUCCCAGCAAACCAUUUGUACUUAAUGGACACCAGUUCGCCGCCGUAGCGACUUCAGAACACUCGUUCUUCUAACAAUGUUGCCAGUAAAAUCUCUAGAAGAUUUGAGUGCUCUAGGGCUCCCAAGCAUUUUGGGGGCAAUUGCUGUCUCGGUGAGCACAACCAAUGGCCUGCACUGGAACAAUACUAAAUGGACUUAGUAUGUUAUUUACUCUCUGGGUGUUGCACUCUACAACAUCACGUUACACCCUCUGGCGAAAGUUCCAGGACCAAAAUUGCGAGCAGCGUUCGAGUUCGUUAAACACUAUGAGGUGAGUUCUUACACACCUUUUCCUUCGUCCAAGGCAAUUCAGAUCGGUUAAAUAGUUUCCUUCCGAAUCUUUCCCAAAGCUUUGAAUAUGAAACAGCAACGUAGUUUCUGAUUUUGAGAUAUUCCAUAGGCUUGGAAUGGUAUCGAUAUCUAUUCCGUGAAAAAGUUGCACGAUCAAUAUGGACCUACCGUUCGAAUUUCUCCUGAUACUGUCUCGUUCAACAACGGUUUGUAUUCUCUGAUUCAUCUAUUUACCUCCUUCGGGUUCUUCCCAGCGACAAGACAAUAUUUUGCCUGGGGAGAGCCUUCUCUCGUCCUAAAUCCUCUCUUGAGAAUCCUAAAAUUGUUCUAGUUCAAAAUGCUGACUUUAAGGGGCUAAACAGAAGAGGCAUGGCUAGGUACUAUAAAUCUAACAUCCUGUCCCAAUUUCCACUAACAAAAUUCUAGCUAUCUACGGGUCAAGACAGGGGAAGAAACAAAUUCCUAAAGACGCGGGCUUCUACAGGGCUGACAACCAAGGCAAUGCUGACAGUUUAAUAUGUGAGUCUGUGUGAUAUGGACCAAGUGAUAUGUUUCAUUAACCCCAUACUAGCUGCUGAUGACGCGGGUCACAUGCGAAUGAGACGUGCAGUAUCCCACGCCUUCUCUGAUGCCGCAGUGAAGGGGCAAGAACCUUUGAUUACCCAUUACUUCGAUUUGCUUAUCGAAAAGCUCCAUGCCAAAGCUAGCGGACCGACAGAAGGUCUGGUGAACCUCGUUCACUGGUUCAAUUUCACCACAUUCGAUAGUAAGUGCUUUUCAAUUCAAUCCUUCCUCCGUUUUCAUUUCAAGAGGGUGCAGAUACUCUCCCCUCAAGACACAAUGUUUUCCUUCCCGGGCCGUCUUCAAACUUCAUAGCACUAUUCGCCUUGGAAAUGCUGACUCUGGGGGAUUCUACAGUCAUUGGAGACCUUACCUUUCAGGAUUCAUUUGACGCGCUAGAGACCGAGGAGUACAAUCACUGGAUUGCAAAUAUCUUCAAUUCAACCAAAGUUGCUCGGAUUUUUAUGAUCAUCAACUCGUACCCACUGAUUGGCAUACCGAUAUCAACACUGCUCAAACAUGUUCCUCAACUCCAACAAGCACGACUUAAACACUAUCAGUAUACUGAAGAGAAAACGUUACGACGACUGAACGCCAGCUCAGACAGAAAUGACUUUGUGAGGUAAACCUCACCUUCUCCCCUCAAGAUCAUGAACAGAGAUGCUAAUUGGGAAUAAGCUACAUCCUUCGCCACAACGACGAAAAGGGGAUGAGUAGAGAAGAAAUGAUACAAACAUGCAACCUUUUUAUUCUAGCCGGUAGCGAAACCACUGCGACAUUGCUCAGCGGUCUGACUUAUCACUUACUUCAAAAUCCAUCUACUAUGUAUAAACUCGUCAAGGAGAUCCGUGAGGCGUUCCCGGAUCCUAAAUCGAUGACUUUCAACUCGCUUUCGCAACUGAAAUACAUGCAGGCUUGUAUUCAGGAAGCCUUUCGCUUAUACCCCCCUGUGCCGAUUCUUUUGCCGCGCAAAACUGAGCAUGACGUUGUCAUCAAUGGUCAUUCCAUUUCUAAGAAUGUAGGCUUCCAUACCCACUGUCUUCGCGCUCUUGCUAACGAUUUUCAGACUGUAGUUGGUGUUCAUCAGGUCCGUUUUUCUAGAUCCCUUUUCCUCGUUAUAAUUUAUAUUAGGGGAUCCAAGUCCCCUCAUUCCUCGAGACGACACCCCGAUAUUUCUUGAGAUUCCCCUUGAUUGCUAUGAACAACAAUACUAACCGAGAGUCCCAACAGUGGAGCGCCUAUCACUCAGAAGCAAACUUUGCCGAAUCCGAAAAAUUCAUCCCAGAGCGAUGGCUAGACGAUCCCCGAUUUGCGAGCGACAAACGUGGAGCCGUGCAGCCAUUUUCCUUCGGAACCAGAAACUGCGUUGGUCAGGUAAGCCUCCCCCAUCCACAAACAAAUUCGGCCAUCAUAAUCUAACUGCAUUAUAGCAUCUCGCACUUGUGGAGAUGAAGUCUAUCCUCGGUCGUCUACUUUGGCACUUUGAAUUGAGUCUCUGCGAGGAUAGCUUGAACUGGACGGAUCAGAAGGUUUACUUCCUGUGGGAGAAGAAGCCUUUGAAUGUCAAGUUGACGGCGAGGAAGUAGUCCAGAGCUUAAGAUUAUGAAGCGAGUUUCUUGUCUGAUGUGACGUUCCCCAGCGGUGUUUCACUUUCUGUACAUUAGGUUUGUAGGCUUGUAUCUUAUCUCCACAACGUCGCAUAUGCACA